AUGCCUUUUUUUAAUUAUAACUCACAACGUGUUGAAGCUAGUGACGUCCGAAGCGGCCCAACGUGGUGUUCGGGCGUGGCGCGAACCAUGAUUUGCAUCUCACUGUACGCCCUGAUCGCCUCAGCCACGAUCCUAGCGUGCGUGCCCGUCUGCUACCGGCAGUUUGAGAUGAACAAAUUCAUCAAGUGCCUGAAGAAG